GAUUUCGUACUCAAAAGUGUUCGAAUCAUUUUAACAAGAUGUUGCCGAAAAUGAUCUCUAGUUUGAUUGAUACAUAUGGAGAUUAAGUUCAGAAAGAUGAUAAAUGAUUAAAGCUAUUAUCAAGAUGAAAAUGUAUUGGUAAUUAGGUACAAUAUAUCUUUAUUUCAAGAGUGAUUAAGGUAGACAAUAUAUCAGCUAAAAAUGCAGAUCUAUAUCAGUGGUUAUCAGGCAGAUGAAUCAACAGUGUCUGUCCCACUGUCAUCCUCGGUUAUUCUGUUCCUUCUGAAAUACUGCAAGACACAGUCAUUCCAUGUACACUUAGUGGAUUGUCAAGAUGAGGAGCACGCUGUUGUCAGCAUGUCUAGGGAUUGUUUACAGGACUUGCAUUAUAGUUUUAUAGACAGACAGAGCAUUCCAACGAAAGAUGGCAAAGAUUUAAUGAUCCGUUGUGGACUAUGCAGUGUUGUGAGACAUAUCAUCAAGCUUUGCCAUGAGUUGAUGUCAAAAGGUGGAGACAAUACACUAAUUGAUCUAGCAGACACAUUACCCAUUUCUGUAGAGAUACCUGAAGAUGUAAUGAAGCUGGAACUUCAUUUUGACAGACCGCCACUUCUGCACAAUGAUGAUAAAAAGAAAAGAUUGCUGUUAAAAUCUGUUCAAAACGAACUCGAAAAUGUUGAAAGCUGUCCAGAAGAUGGAAAGACAGUUGUUAGAAAUUUCUUCACAACUCGCGAAAACACUAUGCCACAUGGUAAUAUUCGCUACAGAGUUAUUACACAAGAGGAAAAAGAGGAUAAGAAAUUUGUGAAUGGGGAAAAUGGUGACAAGUGUAAGUUUGGUUGUACUGAAAACCGGCUGAUCAAAUGGUGCGCUAAAUGUAAUGACAGAGAAAAAUUGAGACGUAAGGAAGAGAGACAAAUACAGAAUAAUUCUAGACUGAUUGAGAAAACUAAUAGUGAUUUUGUAACUGAAAAACAGCAUAAUAUUGUUUUUUUUAUUUAUCACUUACUGGAAUCACUCAGAUUCAGAUGCUCAAGUUUUCUCCAGAAAUUACCGAAUGUUAAGAAGUGGCUGACCCAUAUCUUAACUUUACCCAGAAUGCAGCACACAGCUGUAGUAUGUGGCUUUAAAAUGGAUGCCUUAAUGGAAUCUGUAAAAACAUUGUCAGUUGAAGAGGGCGAGCCAGAGUUUACAAUUCCUGAAGUAAUCUUGGAUGUGGAGGAAAAUACUGCAAAUAUAAGUCGCAGCUCGAAAGCAAAGCAGAGGGCCUUGAAGCGGGAUAUUUCAAGAGUUUUGGAGAAAAUAAAGGAGCAUAAUAUAAAUCCGGUGGUGGGACACCAUCCGUAUGGAGACAAUGUUAAAGUUGACUGGAAAUCUGUACCUUUGUCUGCUCAUCCUAAAAUAGAGUUACCUGAGAAAAGAGUGGGAAGGAAGUGUGAGCAGUUAGAAAACCUAGCAACAGCAGUACAAUCUAUUGCUUCACCUGGUCAUGUUAUAGUCGAUUUCUGUAGUGGCGCUGGUCAUCUUGGUAUUAUAAUUGCCUACCUUCUACCCGAUUGUCAGGUGUUUUUAGUUGAAAAUAAUGAAGAAUCUCUAGUCAGGGCAAGUAGACGGGUGAACAGUUUAAACCUUACCAAUAUCAGUUUGUACCAGUGUAACCUAGACUACUUUCAAGGACAGUUUGACAUUGGAGUAUGUUUACAUGCAUGUGGUGUUGCUACAGACCUUGUCUUACAGCAGUGUUUGGAUAGGAAGGCGUCAUUUGUUAUCUGCCCUUGUUGCUAUGGUAGCAUACAGAAUACACACUUGAUCUCAUAUCCCAGAAGUCAAAGCUACAGAGAGGCAGAGUUAAAUGACAAGGAUGUGAUAGUUCUUGGACAUGCAGCAGAUCAGACUGAGGAAAAUACUGAGUUACAGCAGCAAGGUCGACACUGCAUGAACUUAGUAGACACAGAUCGUGCAAGACUUGCUACGGAGAAUGGAUACACUGUGACAUUAUGCUCUUUAAAACCUUUGUCGUGUACACCAAAGAACAAUAUUCUAAUUGGUACAAGAUGUAUGUCAGGAUCUUGACAGCAGUUCUGAAUAGAGAUGCUUCCUCUGGAAUUAAUUUAUGGAUUUAAAUGGUUGCCGAGUUUAUUUACUGAGUACUUGUUUCCACAGAACUGGCUUCAUACACUUAAAUAAUCUUAUAUUUUAACUGAUGCUCCAAGUUUAUGUUUUUAACUGUGACAUAUUUUUAAUGGUUACUUAAAUUUCAACAGAAACAUUCUUAAGUUGUAAAUUACAUACAUACACACUUAAGUUCUGUCAUUAAUUUUAAGUGUAAAUAAGUGGUGAUACCUUUGUGAUCAAAUAAUUAUGGAAAACUUGUACUUAACAAAUCUUGGCAGUACAACUGUAUACAUGAAUGUUUUCUUGAUACUCCUUUAAAAGUAGUGCAUUUAACUGCUGGCUGACUGCAUGUUUGCUAUCAGUUUUCUCAAUUUGCUUUUGUAAAAUUUCAACAUUAGUUAAUAGCUUUUAUUUCUUAUUGAGGAUUUUCUGAUGGUAAAUAUAUAAACAUUGCAUUUUCCUCCGUUUGCAACUCUUACUUGCAAAAAAAAAAUCUACUAAAAUCAUUGUUCUUUCAAAAUUAAAAACACCCAAAACUUUUCAUUGUAUUAUUUAGUUAUUUACCAUGUGUCUUAUGUCUUUUCCAUUACUUGCUUAAGUAUGUCUACCGUUUCGUAAAUAUCGGAGGGGAAGAAAUGUAGAAAAUCAGUAUAAUUGUAAUAACACAAGUGUUUACACUGAAAGAACUGUCACUCAUUGAUAUUUGGUAGGCUGUAAAUUCAGCCAAAUAAAUUCUUUUUAACUACAUUUAUUCGUUUUCAUUUAUCAAUCGGAGAACAACUAAGUAUGAAAUAUCAUAAAAUGACAAUAAAAUCUAUUGAGCCUUUUCAAAUGUUACCAUUACUAAAUAAAAAUGCUUUUAUCAUGAUAAAAGUGGUAUAUUCUAGAGUUUUUACCUGCAAAGUAUUAUUGUUAUAAAUUUAUGUUACUCCAUUCUUUUGCAAGAAAAUUGCAAUGGGUUAAGGUUUAAUAAUAGGAGAUGUGCAUAUUGU